CUUGUGCGUCAGUAAGUCAAACAUGUUCCAAUAACGGGCUGUAUUAUCUGCUGCUAUUUGCAGUUUGCUGUAGCCAGGCACCAGACUGAGCCUGGAAAGAAGCUGCAGCAGCUUCUCCUGCUGCUCCUCUGUGAUGGAAACACCUCAUCAGGACUGACAUCUGCCUGGCAGCUGGAGGAGGAAACUAACGAGGGAGGAAGAAAGUUGCUUUCAGAGUCUGACUCUUGCCCUUUGCAUAACCCUCAUUAUGCAAAAGACAAAAGCUUCCUCUGAACUUCAGCUGUGAGAAGACAGAGGAUGGCAGGAGAUCUUAGGGAGAGUACGUGUGCAGACCAAAGAUUAUACGUGAGGCUGUUUGCAGUCCUCUUGGUACUGGGACCUGAUGUGACCUGGCUGGUCCAUGCCCAGAACAAUGAGAAGAGGAGACUGGCUCACAUUCCAGGUGACAUCAUCAUCGGAGCACUGUUCUCUGUCCACCACCAACCACCUGCAGACAAGGUCCACGAGAGGAAGUGUGGCGCCGUACGUGAGCAGUAUGGGAUCCAGAGGGUGGAGGCCAUGAUGCACACGCUGGAUCGGAUUAACGCAGACCCAACCAUCCUUCCUAACAUCUCCCUGGGCUGUGAGAUAAGGGACUCCUGCUGGCACUCGGCGGUGGCGCUGGAGCAGAGCAUCGAGUUUAUCCGCGACACUCUCGUGUCUAAUGACGAGGAGGAGAGCCAGGCCAGAUGUGCAGCAGAAGCGGGUAGCCUGCUUCUUCAGGGAAAGAAGCCAAUCGUGGGACUGAUCGGACCGGGAUCCAGCUCCGUGGCCAUCCAGGUGCAAAAUCUCCUGCAGCUAUUCAACAUCCCACAAAUCGCGUACUCAGCCACCAGCAUGGAUCUCAGUGACAAGAGCCUGUACAAGUACUUCAUGAGGGUGGUGCCAUCUGACAUGCAACAGGCCCGAGCCAUGGUGGACAUCGUCAAGAGGUACAACUGGAGCUAUGUGUCAGCGAUCCACACCGAAGGUAACUAUGGUGAGAGUGGUAUGGAGGCAUUCAAAGCCAUGGCAGCGAAAGAGGGAAUCUGCAUCGCCCACUCUGACAAAAUCUACAGUAACGCCGGGGAGCACAACUUUGACAAACUGUUGCAAAAGCUCAGAAGCCACCUGCCCAAGGCCAGAGUGGUGGCCUGCUUCUGCGAGGGCAUGACCGUCCGAGGCAUCCUGAUGGCGAUGACGCGGCAGCGCCUGGUAGGGGAGUUCCUGCUGGUUGGAAGCGAUGGCUGGGCAGACAGGUAUGAUGUAACUGACGGGUAUCAGAGAGAGGCAGCUGGUGGAAUCACCAUAAAGCUGAAGUCAGCAUAUGUGAACUGGUUUGAUGAUUACUACCUGAACCUGAAGCCUGAUUCCAACCUGAGGAACCCUUGGUUCCCUGAAUUCUGGCAGCACCGUUUCCAGUGCAGGCUGAGAGGACACCCUCAGGAGAACACAAAGUACAACCGCACUUGCACCUGGAGGGAGUCUCUGCGUCAUCAGUAUGCUCAGGACACCAAAAUGGGCUUUGUCAUAAAUGCCAUUUAUUCCAUGGCUUACGGUCUACACGCCAUGCAGCAAGUCCUCUGUCCAGGUUACAAGGGUUUGUGUGAAAACAUGCGACCGAUUGAUGGCCGCAAGCUGCUGGAUUUCCUGAUGAGAACCAAUUUUACCGGCGUAUCAGGAGAAGCUAUCCUCUUCGACCAGAACGGGGACUCACCGGGCAGGUAUGAAAUCAUGAACUUCAAGCAAAUUGGAGAAGAUGAAUUCUCUUAUAUUCACGUGGGAAGCUGGGAUCAGGGUGGCUUAAAAAUGAACGAUGAGGAAAUCUGGAGUAACAGCAGUGAAGUGAUCCAGUCGGUCUGCUCUACACCCUGCCAAAAGGCCCAGAUCAAGGUGAUCCGAAAAGGAGAGGUGAGCUGCUGUUGGACCUGUACGCCCUGUAAGGAGAACGAGUUUGUGUUUGACGAGUACACCUGUCAGGCGUGUGUCCUGGGCUCCUGGCCCACUGACGACCUCAAAGGGUGUGAACCAAUCCCAGUGCAGUAUGUUCGAUGGGGAGAUCCAGAGCCGAUUGCUGCUGUAGUCUUCGCUUGUUUGGGUCUCCUGGCGACGCUCUUUGUCACUUCUGUCUUCAUCAAAUUUUGGGACACUCCUGUGGUUAAGUCAUCCAGUCGGGAGCUCUGCUACAUCAUUUUAGCUGGAAUAUGUUUUGGCUACCUGUGCACUUUCAGCCUCAUCGCCAAACCACACAUCAUCUACUGCUACUUGCAGCGGCUGGGAAUCGGUCUGUCCCCGGCUAUGAGCUACUCCGCUCUUGUCACUAAGACCAACCGUAUAGCGCGGAUCUUGGCAGGCAGCAAGAAGAAGAUAUGUACUAAGAAACCUCGCUUUAUGUCCGCCUGCGCACAGUUGGUCAUCGCCUUCCUUCUCAUUCUCCUUCAGCUGGGAAUUAUCGUGGCACUGCUCAUCAUAGAGCCACCGGAUGUGAUCCAUGAUUACCCCAGCAUCCGUGAAGUGCAUUUAAUCUGUAAUCUGACCACAUUGGGGGUGGUGGCACCGCUGGGAUACAACGGCCUGCUUAUUCUCAGCUGCACCUUUUAUGCCUUUAAGACUCGUAACGUCCCAGCUAAUUUUAACGAAGCCAAGUACAUUGCCUUUACCAUGUACACCACCUGUAUAAUCUGGCUGGCAUUCGUUCCCAUCUACUUCGGUUCAAACUACAAGAUCAUAACCAUGUGUUUUAGCGUCAGCCUCAGCGCCACGGUGGCUCUCUGCUGCAUGUUUGUCCCCAAGGUAUACAUAAUGCUUGUCAAGCCUGAGAAAAACGUGCGCAGUGCUUUCACCACUUCCACAGUUGUGCGCAUGCAUGUGGGCGAUGCCAAGAAAGCUGCCAAGACUGGAAAAUCUUCAAGCAGCAUGGCCAACUUGUUUCGACGGAAUGGCUCUGCACAGGACAACAUCAGUUCCAAUGGGAAAUCAUGGGGACAGAAUGAACGCAGCCACAGGCCAAACCUGUGGAAGAGGAUGUCGUUCCACGUGAAGAAGAAAGACCCAGUGGAGGUGAAUCAGACAGCCAUCAUCAAGCCUUUCUCUAAAGGAGGAGACACAUCUGAGGACAAUGUCCAAGAGCUGUAUGAAGAGCCUCAAACAUCCCAGUCUUUCACCUGUUCACCCUCCCAGUCGCCUCUGCCCACCAUCAGCUUAAACGCAGCAAAAGGUCUCAAGAUGGAUGAAGAUGGGGAGGAGGAACAAGUGCUACCCACGUACCCGCCUGAGCACCUUUCUGGGGUCAGACGAAGAGGUGGAGACAACAACCAGGUUUCUGCUGUGAUGGACAGUGGGGACAUUAGCAUCAUCAGCGUGGGGGACAUUGGCCAAACUCAGGGGAUCACCAUCAUGGACCAGAUCAGCAGCGUGGUCAAUCGUUUUACCGCUAACAUCAGCGAGCUGAACACCAUGAUGCUGCCAGGUGGAGCCAUCGUCAGCGUACCGUCCACCACCGCUCCACCUGCUGCGGACACCUCCCUGUGCUCGCCUCAAUACCUCAGCAGACAGGCCCCCUCCGUGGUCACCACAUACGCCGAGGUGACCGCCGUCUCCAACUUCUGCGACAAUCGACCGGCAGCUAAGAUUUACGAGCACCUGGCUGGGACUUGCGCGAGCGGUAGACGAGCCAAAGAUGCGGAGGAGCUGAUGGCUCUGACCCCUCCCUCUCCGUUCAGAGACUCAUCACUUAGCUCCGACUGCAGCUCCCCCCCUUCCCUGUCCCCAACGUCGGAGGCUGGAUAUGACCAUCUGCUGCUGAGACACUACAGCCAGAGCUCCUCCUCCCUUUAAAUCUGCUCUGUGCCAUUCAGCUGGAGUUCCUUAAAACAAACCUUUAGGCUGGACCAAAUGUUUUGAUGCCUUUUUGCAUGCAGAUAUUAUAGCUGUUGAAAGUCUUUUUGUAAAAACAUUCUGGGAGGACUGAGACGAGAGGAUUUGGUAAAAAGUGGCUAAAUAAAAAAGGGAUUGAGAAGCUAAGCUUUGCUUUUUAAAAUUAUUAUUAAGUAAACAUUGAAACACAGUUGAGGGCAUUUUGUGGAGAUGUUCUGAUGUUUCAAAACUCAAUAUUAAAAAUCCAAAGAAAACUUCUUCAGACCAUUUUAUUUAGAGACACAUUUUAGGUGAACUCUUCUUUCUGUUUUGUCAAGAUAAAUCUCAGAUAUAAUACAGAAUGUACAACACGUUUGUGUAUUUUAUUUCAGCAUUUAUAGAAACCAUUGUUUGUUUUUACUGCUUGCUGUCAACUUUUUAUGAUGUGAUGCUUCAUUUUUUACGACCAUUUUUUUAACAUUAAUUUGUUGGCAACACUUAUCGAUUUAGGAGAGUGUCUGCAUAUACUCACAGUCAAGGAACAAGGAACAUAACUGUAAAUUUUAAACAAGCUCUUUAAAUCUCUAUGGAAUGUAAACAUUGUUUCACUGCAUAAGGUUUAUAACCCGCAAAAAGCUUAAAGGGGACAUAUUAUGCAAAACUCACCUUUUGCAUUCUUUUAUGCUGCCGUGUGGGUCUCUGCUGCUAUAAACACUCAUAAUGAGGAAAAAAAAUCCCUUCAUCUGUUUUCUGUCAGUCUUUGGUUUUAGGGAUUAUUUCCCUAAAACAAGCGAUUUCAAAAAUACCCCUUUUGUGAUGUCACAAAAAAUGAAAUUAUAAAAGAACCACCUCUCACAUGCAAGAGAGAACUGCUGCUGGACAAGCAGUGGCUCUAGUCUGAGCCCCUCCCAGAAAUAGGAACUUCUCAGCUUAUAGUGGUGGGUGAGUGGGGGAAGAGAAGACAUUUUAAGAAAGACUCCAUCAUGAGGAGCAGAUGCCAACCAGCCACCACCUUGUUUAUGAAUCUGUGUGUUAUCUGGAAUGAGUACACGCAAUUUUUAGGGGGGGAACUGCCUUUUAUUUUGAAACCCAGUUUUCUCUUGUUUUAUCUUAGUUAGGGAAGUACGUUUACUGUUUUUUGUUUAUUUAUUUUUUAUAGGUAAGUGAAUAUUGAGACAGUGGUGUUUCGUUUAUUUGUUUAGGCAUUAAGUUCACCUUGACUUAUAAUCCUCCCUCAUUCUUUGUUUAAUCCUUUAGAAAUUGUAAACAUUGUAAAUAAAAUCAUUGAAAUAAAAAAACAAAGGUAUGGUUGCUUGGGAUCUGCCGAAAAAGCCAUAACAUCUUCAUGUUAUGGCUUGGCCCCUCCUAGAUGGGUCGUAACAUGAAUUGGGGGCUUGUCCGUCAUAAUCUGUUGGGCCAUUUAGAGGAGAUUGAACCUGGAGUUUGAAAGUUUUGAGUACUGUGUCUUUGUAUCAUUUCCUGUAGCUAACUUUUUAGCAGAUUUGGUGUGUGGCUUGAGAUGAACACCAUCUUGCUCUUCUCUGGUUAGCUUUGGGUUCUAGAGACUUGCUGCUAGUUGGUGCGGGCUUGUCAUGGUCCACCAGCAGUAACACAAGAAUAAAACUGCAGAAAAUACUUCAUGUGAGAGGGAUUAAAUACAAACUAUUUCAUGAACAUAUUUUGUAUCAACAUACAACUAUUAUACCUUAAGAAAAAAAAGUCAUAAUACAUCCCCUUUAAAGACUAUUUGGACACUAUCUUUAUUUUUUUAAAUCUAACUUGGCUGAUUGUAUUGAGUUAAGGACCAAAACAUUAAUCCAUCUCAGGAUGAAGCAAAAUGCUUACUGACUUUGUCGUGUGUCGGCACUAAACGUUUCCACUUUGCAUGAUGUGUUUGCACUCAGAUUUUUUUUUAAACUACACAAACUUGUAUAAAUAACAGAUACGGUAGCAGUUACAUCAGUAGUAAGUUGGUGUGUGUUCUAGGAUUAGUUUUAAGAGGAAAGAGUUUACCAGAUAUCUCCAGUCACUCUUUUUAUUUUUAGAGGGAUACUCUACCCCUAAGUGUUUAGUCUGCUGGCAUAUUACCCAGAGUUAAUUUUAAAUACAUGGUAACAACUAGCAUUUUGUGCGAAAAAGUCAUGAAAUUACUCAAUGAUGAUGCUAACUUUUCUGCAUUUACCUCAUAAAUAUAUAUUGAAUGCAAAUGUAAAUAAUAAGUGACAUAGAGGAAUUACAGGAGCCGAUUUAGACUUGGGACUACAUUACUACAAAGCAGGUAAAGGUCUAGUAGCCACACAUUUGCAUUUGAGGAAGGACGUUUUUUUUUAUUUGAAUGAUUGAAAUGCUAGCUGUUACCAUUCACUUCAUUGUUUAUGCUAAGCUAAAGCUAACAGAACAUUGCCAGAUUAGAAGAAUGACUGGGCUAGUUACAAAAUGCUUUUUCGAACUCAUCCAACUCAGGAAUAUGGUAACAGAAUGAACUUCACUUAGCAGUUGAAUAUCCCUUUAAAUGUGUGCCUGUGUCUCCCUGCAGUGGGUUACAUCCAUUAUUAUUUUUUAAUCACAUUAAGAAUCCAACUGUCAGCUGUUCUGACAGCUUUCAGAUUUUAAAGCUUAUUCUUAUUUAACUUUUAUUUCAUUUUAUUAUUUUGAAUUUAGCUUUAGUUUCUGUUUUCUCUUAUGUUUACAUAAGCAUGUUUACACUCAGGAUUUUUUUUUUAGAUUUAUAAUGUAAACUCUUUCUAUAAUUGCAUAUAUUUGUUCACAUUUGUAGACUAUUUUUUUGCUGUGUGCUUUCUGAUCUAAACUAAAGAAAACUUAUUUGGUGUGUUCUUACUGUGUUUAGCUUCUAAUUCCAUUUUUGGUUCUUUUUAAAACACUGGAAAGGUUUUUCUUUACCUUCCUGACGUACGUUUCGUUUGCCGUUUUGCGGUCGGCAAGCGAAACGUACGUCAGCAAGGUAAAGAAAAACCUUUCCUGUGUUUAAAAAAAAAACAAAAAUGGAAUUAAAGAAAGCUUCAUUUAUCUUAUGAUUUGUCUUUCCAAAAAAUCAGAAAAUAUAAUCUUGUGCUGCAUUAAAGGAAAUCAACAUUCAAAAAUGUACUAGACGUACUAUUUUAGUUAGAACUGGAGCAAUAUGGACAUGUAGAUAAUGUGAUCAUACUUUCCUUAUUUUGUAGUUUAAAUGAAAUAGCUCUUAGAAAAUCAGCAGCAUCUAUCACAUUCAGAUGCUAACAUUACUAAUACAGGUUUGAAUGUAAAAUUGUCAGGUAUAUAUCAUGCUUCAAUGAGUUGUGUUCCUUUUGAAUAUUAAGUGAAGUAAAAGCAGUGCUAUUUUUAUCAAUUUCCACGUAACUCUGUUUUUUUUAAUAAAAGCUGAAAGUGUCAAAUAAUUUGUAAAAACCAAGAAAAAAAAGUUUCUAGCGCACUAUAUUAAUGUUGAAAAACAUGUUCUGUGUAAUAAAACAUUUAUUUAAAUGCAGAAACCUUAAAUUUCCAGUUUUUGCCCAAAAUAAUAAAUAAAUAAAAAAAGAUGAAAGACAAUGUGACUCAAUGAAGCUCUGAUUGUAGUCGAACACACUGGGAGAUAAAAGACAACAAAUAUUUUGAAGAUUGCGUUUUGUAAGAAAAAUAAUGUUUUAGGAACUAAUAAGUGUUUGAAAAAAUCUGGAAAGAGUAUUACCCCAGUUUCACACUGCAAGCAUCAGUGGAACGGAAACAGAGGCGGAGCGGCUCACUUGCAAACUUCAAAGCGGUCCUUUUCACACUGGGAGUCUUGGCCGCGGCACGGCUUCCUCUCUGCACCUCGCUGUACUCGCGAGAUUCUAAAAUCCCUCGAGACUUCCGACACCUUCCUUGCGAGACAACGUUCCCUCGAGAUUUCCGCCAUCCUUCCUCAUCGAGAGAUCACAACCCCCACGAGGAAUCACACCGUUGCACUUCUUGAAAGAAACUGGUGGUAAACAAAGCCGUUCGGUCACACGUGCUGACGUAAGUUAUAUAUAACAUCGCAACGUUGCAUUUUAUUUUGAAAACAACCGGGGAUUUUACACUGAAACUGUGUGUGGUUUCCUGUCUCGCAUUAUGUGAACUGCGGAAAUUGACGUGUCCCAGAAGCGGCUACUGGAAAAAAUAGAACUCGAUCCUAUCUUUAGCGGUGCAGCGCGGCAUGCUGCUUCUGGGAUGCGCCUGAAAAUUGCCGUGUCGCAGCUGGUUUGAAACACUCCAUAGACAAUAAUUGGAUUCUAUUUGAAGCGGCGCCGCUUUGCUGCCAUUCCGUUCAGCUGUCGCUUGCAGUGUGAAACCGGGGUUAGCGAGCAUCUUGUGGUAAGAUCUCAAAAAAUUGUCUUCUAAUAAAUUAGAAUUUUAAUAUAUUUUUCAGGGGCUUGCCAUUUUAAAAAUUAUAGAAACAUAUAUUGUUUUGUGGAUGCUUUAAUUCAGAUGGCAGCAGGCAAAUUAAACUGUUCUAAAAUGCUGAAACAAUAAAUUCAUAAACAUCAGGCUAAUUCAAAA